UUCCCUUUGGAAUUGGGGCUGGAAAGGAGCUGGAGCCAGGAAUUUUCCCGUUCCCAUGGAUCCGAAUCCCGGCUGAUCCCGAGGCCAUGUCCACAGCUGGAAUUUCGGGAAUUUUGGGAUCAUUGCUCCAGCUGGAGGAAAACUUCUCCUCCUGCCUGGCCCGGAUUGACGCCCUCAUCCUCAAACCUCUGCUCCAGGCAGAGCCGCAGGAUCCAAAGGAAAAGGAGAACUUCCAGCUCUUGGUGCUCCUCAACGAUCGCUUCCAAACCCUCUGGAAUUUCACAGAGGAGAAUUCCCGGAUCCUGAGGGGGAAAUCCCAGUUGGAAAAUUCCGGUUGUAUCCAGGAUUUUUACAUCCUUUGGAAAGGAGAACUUUUCCUCAGCCUCUACAUCCAGUAUUUCGUCACCUUCGCCAACUUUGUUGUGGUCCAGGGUUUCGAGCAGGCCGCCAAGAGCAAGAGCGAGGCCUGGAAGCUGCACAAGGCGGUGCUGAAGGAAUUCCUGCGGGAUUUCACCUCGGAGAGCUCCCUGAGCCUGGCCCUGCACUCGGUGCUCCACAAACCCUUCCGGGAGCACAUCCAGAGCUACCUGCGGCUCCUCUCGCAGCUCCAGGAGCAGCUCCAGGAGGGGUCGGAGCGGGAUGUGGUGGCCGCUGUGGCGCAGGAAUUCGGGAAGCUGGAAUCCUUCAUCGGCCAGGUCCUGGAUGAAGCCGGCUUCACCAAGGAGCUCUGGAAAUCCUUGGGAUACAAAUUCACUGACAUGCUGUGUGUCCCCGAGAGGAGGCUCCUGGAGGACAGCAGGAACCUUCCCAUCGCUUCCGGCACCGCCCGCUCCGAGCGGCUCCUGCUCUUCGACGAUGUCCUGGUGCUCAUCCAGGGAAACAGCUUCCAGAGUUUUGAUCUGAAGCUGGUGUGGGUGGAUGAAAACUGCGGAGAGAAAUCGGCUCCAGGAUUGUACAGCCUACGCAUCACAACCCCGGAAGAGACGUUCGUCCUCUCCACCAAGGACCCUCAGAUGAAGGCCGUGUGGCGGUGGAAGCUGGAGCAGGCCGUGCGCCAGGCGCUGAACGGGAAGCGGGAUUUCCCGCUCUGGGGCCGCAGCGGGGAAGGCAGCGAGGCCCCAUCCCGCCGCUUCUUCACCUACGUCUUCCGCAUGGAGGGACGGCUCCGCGGGGCCACCUACGAGGGCGAGUGGCUCUGGGGGAAGCCCCAUGGCAAGGGGACGCUGAAGUGGCGCGAUGGACGCAACCACGUCGGGGAUUUCCAGGAGGGCCUGGAGCACGGGUUUGGGAUCUGCCUGGUCCCGCGGCGCUCCGAGGACCGCUACGACUGCUACAAGUGCCACUGGUACCAGGGCAAGAUGAGGGGCUACGGAAUCUGUGAGUAUGGGAAUGACCUGGUCUACAAGGGCUACUUCAAGGACAACGUGCGCCAAGGGUUUGGGAUCCUGGAGAACUUCUCGGCUGAGCAUCCCUUCAAAUACACGGGACAGUGGGAAAAGGACAAAAAGAACGGAUACGGAGUCUGGGAAGACAAGGAGAGAGGGGAGAGGUACAUCGGGAUGUGGUUGGAUGACCACAGACAUGGAGAAGGCAUCGUGGUGACCCAAUCAGGGCUCUGCUACCAGAGGACAUUCCAUGCGGAUAAAAUGGUGGGCUCGGGAAUUCUGCUCCUGGAAGAUGACUCCGUCUACGAAGGGAACUUCACGGAAAAUCUGACAUUCGUUGGAAAGGGGAAGCUCUCCAUGGCCAACGGCUUCGUGCUGGAGGGGACGUUCAGCUGGCGCGGCGGCCGCGGGCUCAGCACCCACGGCGUGCUCAGCACCCACGGCGGGCUCGGCACCCACGGCGGGCUCAGCACCCACGGCGGGCUCGGCACCCACGGCGGGCUCGGCACCCACGGCGUGCUCGGCACGGCCACCGAGCCCCAGCGGCCGCGAGCCACAGCCCAGCUGGGCCUCAAGGAAUUCCCAGUGGAGAAGAGAUGGACGGGAAUCUUCGAGCAAUUCCUGGAAUUCCUCCAUUCCGGCUGCAAGGAGGAAAUGGAGGAAUCUCUCACGGGAUUUCACAUCCAAACCAGCAAGGAGCUGAGGAAAUCCCAGGAAUAUCUGUUCUGCCAGAGAGGUGCUGAGGAGAUUUCUUGGAAAAUUGAGGAGAUCCUGGAAGAGCUCGUCCAGCACCAGGAGCCGGAGUCUCUCCAGAGUUAUUUGGAGAAGGCGUUGGAAUCUUCCCUGCAUCCCUUGGGAAAGCUGCUCAGGGCUCUGACCGUGGCGUUCCAGGCAACGUAUUCCGGGAUCGGCGCCAACCGGCACCUGCUGGCCAUGGCGCAGGAGGAGGUCAAGUUCUACUCCAAGAAAAUUUGGGAAUUCUACCAGGGUUUGCUCCGGCUGGCCCUGGAGCGGAAGGGCCGCGCGCCCUCCGAGGAUGAGGAUCCCAGUCUCGGGAAGGGCUCCAGCCUGGUGCUGCCGCUGAUCCUGCCCGGAUUCUAUCCCGAGCUCUACAUGCUCUACAUGCUCCAGCACCAGCGGGAGGACGAGCUCUACUGCCAGGGAAUUGUGGAGCUCAGCCUCUUCCCAGAUAUCCAGCUCCUGGAAUUCUUGGAUGUGCAGAAGCACCUGUGGCCUCUCAAAGAUCUCACCCUGACCUCCAACCAGAGGCGCUCCCUGAUCAAGGAUAAAUGUUUCCUGUCUGCCACCGAGUGUCUGCAGAAGCUCAUCACCACGGUGGAUCCCAGGGAGAAGCUGGAGAUCCUCCGGAAGACCUACGAGGAGCUGGAGCGCACGGUGUCGCGGCUGCUGGACGCCGACUACCGGCUCCCCAUGGACGACCUCCUACCGCUCCUCAUGUUCGUCGUAUCCCGAGCCAAGAUCCAACACCUGGGAGCUGAAAUCCAUCUGAUCCGGGAUUUGAUGGAUCCGACCAACCAGGGAGGAAUGUUGGACUUCCUGCUGACGGCACUGGAGUCAUGCUAUGAACACAUCCAGAGGAUCCGGCUCCAUCCAAAGGAAAACUCCCACAGCUCCUGAUCCAUAGGGAAAAUCCCAAAUUUGGGAAUUUUCCCAAAUUUUCCAGACCAAACCCCGCUGGAAAAAGCGGGAAUUGUAUCCCUGGCUGCCUUAAAGGGAAGAAUUCCUCCCCAGCCGAGGUUUUCCUGAUCCCAAAAACACUGGAAGGGCUGGAAUUUCCAUCUCCAAGGUUUUUUUUUGAGUUUUAUCCCCUUUUCCCACAAAUAAUUCCCAGGAAAAAAAUCUCCUUUUCCUGCUCGGGAUGUUUUUUUUUUUU